GUUCUUUAUUUUUAGGAUUUUAAAGCAUGAAAACAAUUUAAUUAAACAGACAAAGCAGAUAAAAAACUUGAAUGAGGCCAAAGGUCAACUGCAGGACCAAUUAAACAACGAAUUAACACAUAAUUCAAAUUUAAGAAAACAGAACAGUAGUAUGAUGAGCAAACUUCCAGAUUUGAUGUUCAUGGUCAAAAGUCAAAGGUCAGAGUUGACAAAUAUCCACACAUUUGUCAGUCAAAGGUCAAAGUUGGUUCAUGAAACUAUGGCAACACUCAAUGCUAAAAUAAUGUCAGUGUCCGAGAGAGAAAUUUCAGAAAAAGAAUCUUUAGAAAGUAGGCUAUCAUCUCAGCAGAAGGAAUUAUUGCAGUCCAAAGAGGAGAACCGUCAUUUAGAAUCAUUGGUAAAAAAUAAUGAAAUGAAUGAGACUCAAAUAGAAGACAUGGAGGUACAACUGGUCUCCAGCAGAGACCUCUGCCAACAAUUACGUUCACAAGUCAAUAAACUGCAGAAUGAUGUUGAUGAUGCUGUGGGCAAAUACAGAACUGCUGCAUCAGAAUCAGCUCAAUUUAGGGAGCAACUUAGAAAUAAAACACAAGAAGUUGAAGACAUCCAAGAACAGCAUAGAAAGAAAGAUCUAGUCUCCGACCAGAUGUUUAGUAAAUACCAACUAGAGUUAAAACAGAAGUCAGAAGAGCUGAAGCUAGCCAAUUUAGAAAUAAAAAAGUCACAGCAGAAACUCUCAGAGAAAAACCGAAUUGAAGAGGAUAUUCAGCGACAAGCUGAUGAAAAAAUGCAAGAGACAGAAGGAGUAAGGGAAACCCUGCGCAAGGCCAAUGAAGAGUGCAGGGCUCUGAAAGAGGAGAGAGAACUUAUGAUCACUUCUCAUCAAAAUCGAAUUGAGCAACUGAGAGAUAGUUUUAAGCAGAAACUUAGAGAAGCAGAAAAAUGGCCAGAAAAAGUGUCUGAGGAGUCGAGGAAGGAGAAAAUUAGACAUACACAGGAGUUGAAGGACUUAGAAGAAAGUUUGAAGCAAGCUUUUCAAAUGGAAAUGGAUAUAGAGAAACAAAAAUACGAAGAACUUAUAGAAAAGUACAAAGAUGAAAUUAUGGAAGUGAACGAACAGUCAAGAAAUGAAUUAAAAAGUAUUUGUAGUAAACACAAGAUCGAGUUAUCUCAACUACAGCGGCAAACAGAUGAUGCAAAAAGUUCCAUACAUGGAAUUGAAAGGUCUUAUAAAGAUGAGAUAGCAAGUUUGAAGAACAUCAUCACCAAUUUACAGGAUAGACUUGCUCAUAUUGAUCGGGAAAAUGAUGGGUCUGAAGUUCAACUACGAGCAGAAUUAAGAGAAUCAGAGAAUGAUUUAAGUUCCAUGAGAGAAGAGAAUCAAAAGUUGGAGGGAAAAAUGAAUGAAGCCAGAGAAGAAAUUCUUUUUCUCCAAGAGACUGUGAGAAGAGAAUGCGAAGAGAGAUUUGAGUUGACUGAAGCUUUAAGUCAAGCACGUGAACAGUUAUUGUCUUACCAACAUCCAAUGGCAUACAGCCCAGGAUCACGACCUAGCUCAAAUAGUCGACCUACCUCUAAUUCUAGGCCUAGCCCAAACACUAGGCCUCUGUCAUCCGCGAGAAACCAAAGUAAAGAAAGGAAUAUUCUGAAUGGUCCUCAAAUCGUUUCCAACAGUUCAUCUUCCAGUGUUAUUCCUUCAGGAAAAGUUUCAACUUCCAGUUUAAAUAUAGAUUUUAACGUUUCAAAUGGUAAGACAAAUAACAGUAGAGCAAAGGGAGGCAGCAUGACGGAUAGUAGACAGAGAAUCGCUGCCGCAGUUGGCCGAAAGUGAGAUCGUGGCUUUCUUUGGCCAAAAUUAUUAAUAUGAACACUUAAAGACAAUCGUAAUUUGCAACCUUCACGAACAUGGUAUAUUAGGCCUGAUGUUACCAAGAUUAAAGAUGAGAAGCAGUAUAAUUUGAAGCCAGAAAUACUCAAACCUAAUGGUGAAAUAUAAGGUAGACCACUUCACAACACGUCAAAAGUGCAAGCUGGGUUAUCUAGGCCUUGAUGUCGAGAAUGGUCAGCAUUUGUUCAAACUCCUGACCUCGAGGUUCGGAACCUGGAUGGAAAAUCACUGUGCCAAAUUGCCUUCCCUAUCUUGUUAGUAUACAAAUAUUUACUUGGUUGAGGGGCAUGGUUUAAAUUAUAGCCUGAGGUGAUCUGGAGGCUGUACUAUGUCCCAAGACAAAGUCAAGGGACAUACAGCCUCCAGAUUACCAAGAGCUAUAAUUUGAACUAUGACCUGAUUAAAAUUCCAGUAAAUAUUUGUUUUAUAUACCCCUACAUAGAUUGUAGGAGGGCAUGGUUGAAACUUUUACCAUUCAAAUUUUGGGAAUAUGUAGUAGGUAUAUAAUUUUGAAUAGUUGCUUAUUAACCAAACAUGCUGUUUCCCUGAUGGACACCAUCUACUUCUUCCUUCAAUUUAUAGGUGGUGCUAUAUUUUGAGCUAUAAGUAUACAACCUUUAGUUAUGCACUGCUGUCUUACCCAUUGUUUUUAAUGUAUUGUACUCAAGAUUUAGCACCAUUUUGGGAGCCUGUUUUGAAUUUUCCAAAAACAUGUUACCUGUCUCUAUUGCAGUAUUGAUUAGAUUUGUGUUUGUGUUGUGUUGAAUUUAUGAAAUGUUGGCAACUAUGAAAUUACACCUUGUAUUUGGUAAGUGAGAAAAGUAACUUGAUUCAUCACUAGCUGGUGUGCACACAGCGGUUUCUUCAUGUAUCCUAUGUUAAUGAGAUUAUUUUUUUCCUUUGCUAUACAAGUCAUAAUAUGUUAUUCUCAGUGUAAGUUAGAUGAAUCCAUUAUAGACAGCCUUGAUAUUUGAAAUCCAAUAAUUAUAAGAGCUUAGUAUAGAACUUAUAAAGUGAGAGUCCCUCAUUUUCAUUCCAUUGUAGUGCGUGCAUUACAUAAAAUCAGUGGGCUUGCUAAGAUAAGAUAGUAAAACUGGUGCUGUAACUUGGUGGUUAAGAUGCUUGCCUUCCAAGCCCAUGGUCCUGGGUUCAAAUCCUGUUUCUUUCUCACAACCAAAAUUUCUAAGCCUCAUAUAAAACUUAGUUUGUAGAGCAUUGUUCCAUGAUUUAAUUGGCAAAUGUACUUGCUGUUGGAUGUGAAAAUAAUAAAUAAUUGGAAUAAAAAUAAGAUAAGAUAAGAUAAAUGAGGGUUCGCAAUUAAUCACGAUUUCAUGUUGAGAGAAUGCUUCUUUAAUGUCCAGUUAGCAGUGGUUGUAAUGAGACAACGAACUACUCAGUCAUAAAUUAUAUAUUCAAUGGACAUAUUAAUACAGCCUAAGGUAUAGUGAUGUUAAUAUUCAGAUAUUAUUGGCAAUACAGCCUACGUAACACAUAUCCUAUAGUCAGUUUUUAAUGCUUGUACAAUACAACUAUCAUACGAUGCAUUCAGUGUGGGCCUAGGGCAUAAGUAUAAUUAAUUCUGUUUAUACCUGGUGGGAAUGUCAUUAGCAAUUUAUUAGUCUGUUACUGAAUUAGCUGUAGGGUUAGGAUUACUCCCCAGGGGUGGGGAGGUUACCCAUAUUGUGCAUGAAUGCUUAUGUGCUAAUGCUAUGUCAUACAACAUUUGGGAAACAAAUGUAAUUUUAUUCUUUUUUCUUUAAUGUGACAAAAGGAUUUCGGCCUCCAGUGAGUUCACUCCCCCUCCCCUCUGUAUAUAAUCUUCAUGUAUACCUUAUUUUUCUCCAGGUGAAAUUGGCUAAAUUAGGGGUGGGGUAGUUUUGGGGGCAUCAUGACGUGUAAAUUUAGCCCCCCACUUGGGCUGAAAUUCCUGUGACACUGAUGCUAUACAAUAUUCUCUUAUUAUUUUGGUUUUGAACUGCUAUGUUCCAUUUUAAAAUCCAAUAUAUAACAUAAGUUUUCUGACUUCCAACAAGAAGAAUAUACUUUUUAUUUUAUGAUUAAUCAAUCACUUCAUUUUUUGCUGUGUUUUUUAUAAAAUGUUUUGUUAUGCAAAUGCAAAUACUUUAAAUAGUAAUUUUUAUGAAUAAAUCUAUUUAUAAUGCAAUUGAUGAAACCGUCCAAUGAAUUAUAUACUGUACUGUAUUAUAUUUCAGUUUACAGUGGUAUUUGUAUUUCUUGACAAAUGAAAAAAAUAUAGAGAAUAAACAAUGAUCUAUGUACCUACUA